UGCACUCUCAGUCUCGCCAUGUUGAAGUUAGAAUGGCCUGCAUUCACUAUCUUCGGGAAAACAGAGAGAAAUUUGAAGCGUUUAUAGAGGGGUCAUUUGAAGAAUAUUUAAAACGUCUAGAAAAUCCACAGGAAUGGGUGGGACAAGUGGAAAUAAGUGCCCUCUCCCUUAUGUACAGGAAAGAUUUUGUGAUAUAUCGGGAGCCAAAUGUUUCUCCUUCACAAGUAACUGAAAAUAAUUUUCCUGAAAAGGUGUUACUGUGUUUUUCAAAUGGAAAUCAUUAUGAUAUUGUCUAUCCCAUAAAGUAUAAAGAAAGUUCUGCUGUGUGUCAAUCUCUACUUUAUGAAUUGUUGUAUGAGAAGGUAUUUAAAACUGAUGUGAGUAAAAUCAUGAUGGGACUUGAAACCUCUGAAGUAGUUGAUGAAAACAACAGUGAAAUAUCAGAUUCAGAGGAUGAUAGUUGCAAGAGCAAAACCACCACUGCUGCUGAUGUGAAUGGAUUUAAGCCUUCAUCAAGCGAUGAGGACCCAAAGAACACUGGGAACUCUGCUAGCCUUCAUCUUUCCAGAAAGGUUCUGAAGUCACUCAACCCAACAGUCUAUCGAAAUGUGGAGUAUGAAAUUUGGCUCAAGUCUAAACAGGCCCAACAAAAACGUGAUUAUUCCAUUGCUGCGGGCUUACAGUAUGAAGUUGGAGAUAAAUACCAACAGGUUAAGUUGGAUCACAAUGGGAAAUUUUCUAGCACAGACACCCAAGGGGGUCAUUCUGAAAAUGGACCAGUUUUGGUUGAAGAAAUGGGAAAAAAACAUGUACCGAAGAACCUCAAACCACCUCCCCCAGAAAGCUGGAACACAGUGUCAGGAAAGAAGAUGAAAAAACCUCCCGCUCCUGGACAGAAUUUGCAUUCUGACAUGGAUUACAGAGGGCCAAAGAACCCAAGCAAGCCAAUAAAAGCCCCGUCUGCACUACCUCCUCGACUGCAGCAUCCUUCGGGAGUCAAACAGCAUGCAUUCUCUAGUUACUCUUCAGGGUCCCAGACUCAGAAAUCUUCCAUUGAGCACAAAAAUCUCAGCAGGACACCUUCUCAGAUCAUGAGAAAACCUGAUCGUGAGAGAGUUGAGGAUUUUGAUCACAUGAAUCGAGAAUCUCAUUAUUUUGGCCUCUCCCCAGAGGAACGCAGAGAAAAGCAAGCUAUUGAAGAGUCUCGUUUACUCUAUGAGAUUCAGAACAGAGAUGAACAGGCUUUCCCAGCCCUUUCUAGCUCAUCUGUCAGUCAGCCAGCUUCUCAGAGUAGCAACCCAUGUGUCCAGAGAAAAUCUUCACAUACAAGUGAUAGGAAAGGAAGCAGGCGGAGAAUGGAUGCCGAAGAGCGAAAAGACAAAGAGUCUACUCAUGGACAUACUCACUUGGAUAAAAAACUUGAGUCAAGCACAUUGGAGAAUGUUAGUGAUGAUAAAUGUACAAGAGUUUCUUCACCAUCAAAGUCAAAGAAGUUAGAGUGCUCGCCUCCCACAGAACAAAAGCCAGCAGAACAUGUGUCUUUAUCAAAUCCAGCUCCCCUCCUAGUUUCUCCAGAGGUACAUCUAACUCCUGCGGUGCCUUCUUUACCAGCCACUGUGCCCGCCUGGCCAAGUGAACCUACAACUUUUGGACCAACAGGUGUUCCUGCUCAAAUUCCAGUUUUGUCAGUGACACAGACUCUGACUACUGGACCUGAUUCUGCUGUGUCCCAAGCUCAUUUAACACCUUCUCCAGUUCCUGUGUCGAUACAGGCAGUGAACCAGCCCUUGAUGCCUUUGCCUCAGACACUGAGCCUUUACCAAGACCCACUCUAUCCUGGGUUUCCUUGUAAUGAAAAGGGAGAUCGAGCCAUUGCACCACCUUAUUCACUGUGUCAGUCUGGUGAGGACCUGCCUAAAGAUAAGAACAUUCUCCGAUUCUUCUUCAAUCUUGGUGUGAAGGCAUAUAGUUGUCCUAUGUGGGCUCCACAUUCUUACCUGUACCCUCUGCACCAGGCCUAUCUGGCAGCCUGCAGGAUGUACCCAAAGGUCCCUGUCCCUGUGUAUCCUCAUAACCCUUGGUUCCAAGAAGCACCUCCUGCUCAGAAUGAAAGCGAAUGUACUUGUGCUGAUGCACACUUCCCUAUGCAGACUGAGGCCAGUGUUAAUGGUCAGAUGCCACAGGCAGAAAUUGGGCCGCCGCCAUUUUCUUCCCCUCUGGUUAUCCCUCCAUCUCAGGUGUCUGAAAGUCAUGGGCAAUUGUCUUACCAGGCUGAUCUUGAAUCUGAGAACCCUGGGCAGCUGCUUCAUGCAGAAUAUGAAGAAUCACUAAGCGGCAAGAACAUGUAUCCACAGCCAUCCUUUGGACCCAGUCCAUUCUUGGGCCCGGUUCCCAUUGCACCUCCUUUCUUUCCUCAUGUUUGGUAUGGGUACCCUUUUCAGGGAUUUAUAGAAAAUCCUGUCAUGAGGCAGAAUAUUGUCCUGCCUUCUGAUGAAAAAGAAUUGGAUCUGCCCCUGGAAAAUCUGGAUCUGUCAAAAGAAUGUGCUUCCAGCUCUGCAGUAAAUGAGUUCUCAGAAGCCCAGGGUGAAGGUGCUCACUCUUUGCCUGAAGUAAGUGUGAGCACCAAGCAUGAAGGCCGAGCAGAACAGUCAUCCCAGACACGAAAGGCAGAUCUGGCACUGGCUUCCCUUCCUCCUGGAGCUGAGAGCAAAGCUCAUCUCCCCACUCAAAUUCUAAACAGAGAGAGAGAAACUGUGCCUGUCGACCUUGAGCCUAAGAGGACCAUUCAAAGUCUGAAAGAAAAACCAGAAAAAGUAAAAGAUACUAAGACUGCUGCUGCUAAUGUGGUUAGCUCCGGGGCCAACUCUAUGGAUAGCAGAGUGCAAAGACCAAAAGAAGAGAGCUCAGAAGAUGAAAAUGAAGUGUCUAACAUUCUGAGAAGUGGCAGAUCCAAGCAGUUCUAUAACCAAACCUAUGGAGGCAGGAAGUACAAAAGUGAUUGGGGCUCUUCUGGUAGGGGUGGAUAUCAACACGUGAGAGGUGAGGAGUCCUGGAAAGGGCAGCCAAGCAGAAGCCGAGAUGAAGGUUAUCAGUACCAUCGAAAUGUCAGAGGACGGCCCUAUAGGGGAGAUAGGAGGAGAUCAGGCAUGGGAGAUGGCCACCGGGGCCAACAUACUUGAUGAUGGCUCCUUGUAUUUUAGAGCAGAAGCCUGUUCUUGGGGGGAAUAUUUCUGAAGGCUUUAAAAGAAAAACAUAAGAAAAACCCAAAUUGGAACUCUCUCCUCCCCUCCCUUUACCCUCAUUCCCAUUCUGGACAAGAUUUUGGACAUGAGUUCAAGGGGCAGGUGAAUUUCUGGCAUUGCCAUAUUUCUUAUUCAAAAUCUUUAUCGGGUGAUUGCCCCCAUAAAAAAUAGAACCUAAGUUUGUUAAAGUAUUUUUUAUAAACGACUUAAUAUAAAACAUAGA